AUGACAGAUUCGACGAUUCCAUUAUUUCUCUUCAUCCGCGUUUCGCAUGCCUCUCAUCCAUUUCCCCCACGUUCCCUGAUUAUUGGUCCCAUUGUUUCCUCAUCUACUGUCCAUGCCACAGGAUUCCUAUUCCUUCAUCUGAUUUUCGUGCAAAAAGGACGACACGAAACCACCUGGACCGUGCUACGUCAGUUUGGCUACGAUAAUCAAAUUCGACUAUCUAGUGACUUCCUUUAUCCAAGAUUUUCCGUCCCGACCGGUUGCAGUACCGAGAUUUCAACAUUGGGUACUCAAUUUCUGCACACCCUGUUUAAUAAAUAUGAUCUGGAUCGCGAUGGAUGUUUGUCCCCGGCAGAAUUGACCGAACUUCUGGCCACUUGUCCAGAAGACCAACUGCCUAGCAUUUCAGAGUUGACCGACUCGGUUGCCACCAACUCAUCCGGUUGGUUAACACGACAAGGAUUUAUGGCUUACUGGGCUUUCACCGCUUAUCUCGAACCAACCAAGGUAUUGGAAUAUUUCGCAUAUCUUGGAUUCACAUAUUUCGCGGCCGGUUCAUUCUGGUCCACAGUAGUUCCACGACAUUCAGAAUCUCACAACGGUAUCCCCGGUUCAAACGCGACCGGAUCUAGCAACGUAUCCACUUCUGCUUCUUCCACUCCGAUCGCGUAUCACCUGCAACGAGAUCGCAGUAGCGCGAGCGGUGCUACGCAUCUGAGUCGAUCCGAUUCCGGACUGGCAGCUGGGCCGAUGAGUCGAAGCGCUCGGGAGGCUUUGCUUCGUGGUUUGGUUAUCACGACUGAGAAACGCCUGGAUGCCAUUCGUCGGUCUACACAGCGCACAGUGUUCUAUUGUCGUGUGUACGGAGAGCGAAAAGUUGGCAAAACCUGUCUCCUUCAAGGUUUGAUUGGGCGGCAUUUACGUGGAUCGGGCGGUUUGGGUAUUGGAGGAAUUGCAGGUCGGACAUCCGGCUGGACUGUGGCUUGUGGUAUUCCCGUGUACGGUCAUUCACGGACAUUAAUCAUGCAUGAGAUUGGCGCGGCCGCGGGAGAACAAAUGACUGCCGGUGAAGCAUUGUCCGCUGACGUUGCUUGUCUGGUUUAUGAUGUGUCCGAUGCCGAGUCCUUCCGUUAUGUGGCCAAUCUGUUCCUGAACUACUACCGUGGAACACGGGUACCGUGUCUGUUUGUCGCAGCCAAAUCCGAUCAGCCACACGUCCCACAAAAUUUCCAGAUCGAUCCAACUGAGCUUACUCAAAAGUACAAUUUAUGUCCUCCGGAGUCGUUUUCGAGCAUCUUACUCGAACAGGAACUAGCCGCAACUCGCCCUCCCACAGAAUCCUCUUCUGACACCGGCUUGUUCACCGGGGCAUCACAUUCGCGUUAUCAACGUCGUUCAGGAUCAGCAGAACCCACAACAACCGUAUUGCGACCUUCGGGCAGCGAUGUGCGCUUAAUGGAUUCCGCUGGUUUGAGCAGUGUCAGCACCGAGUCACAUCCCGGAGCGACAGAAACCUCCACAUCCGGUGACUCGAGCUCAUUUCAAACUCGCGGUCGUCGACAUUCACGACCAGAUUUGGCCUACCGCGGAGCGUGUGACCCCAGUGCGAAUGAACUCGUUUAUCACCAUGUGUAUAUUACCCUCUGUACUUUGGCAAACUAUCCGUGA